CGGAGAUUGAAGAAAAAUUGAUUCAUGAUGAAAGCCGUGAAGACAUUCAAUUCAGACAUAACUACCUGUCGUCGCCGGAGUGGUUGUUGUCAUUUAUCGCUGAAUUGUCGUUGUCCUUCUACCUACAAUAUCUUGGUCAACGGGGACCAUUCGCCCAAAUUAUCAUCUAUCUGAGUCUCUCGUAUUUUAUUUCUUAUUGGAGCAAUCAUGUCCACAUCAAAAGUCCCCCCUCGCGGUGUAUGGUGCCCUGCCGUCACAUUCUUCGACCCAAAGACAGAUAGGCUGGAUCUUGAUGCACAAGCAAAGUACUUUGCGUACUUAGCAUCCACUGGCCUGGCUGGACUCGUGAUACUGGGCACCAAUGCAGAGACGUUCCUGCUGACGCGGGAAGAGCGCAAGGCUCUUGUGGCGACGGCGCGCAAGGCGGUUGGCCCCUCGUUCCCUUUGAUGGCGGGCGUUGGUGGACACUCGACCCGCCAGGUCAUCGAAUUCAUCGCAGACGCCGCCGAAGCUGGUGCAGACUCGACCCUCGUCCUGCCCCCAGCCUAUUUUGGAGCUGCUACAACUCCUCAAGUUCUCGAACGCUUCUACGCAGAGGUUUCCGAGAACAGCGCUCUGCCCAUCGUCAUCUACAACUUCCCAGGCGUCUGCAAUGGUGUUGACCUUGACUCAGCCUUCAUCACCGGUCUAGCUCAAAGACAUUCCAAUGUUGUUGGUGUCAAGCUGACCUGCGGCUCUGUCGCUAAGAUUACCCGCCUAGCUGCUGCUCUUCCCCAGGAUCGUUUUGCUGUAUUUGGAGGCCAAUCCGAUUUCAUAAUUGGCGGCCUCAGCUCUGGUUCCGCCGGCUGCAUCGCCGCGUUCGCCAACGUCUUCCCCCGUACCAUUGUCCGCAUUUACAACCUCUGGCAGGAGGGAAAGACAGCCGAGGCUCUAGCCCUUCACCAGAAGGCCGCUCUGGCUGAGCAACCUAUCAAGGGAGGCAUUGGUCCAACCAAAUAUGGCGCGGCCAUUUACAGCGCGACAUACGCGGGCAUCAAGGAUGCUGCCGACAAGCUAAAGCCGCGUAGGCCAUACGUAGAGCCAACCGCGCAAAUUAAGGAAAAGCUUAGAGCCACCACCGCAGAGGUAGCCAAGAUCGAGGAAUCUCUUCCUCUUGUCAACUUCAGGCGGCCACAGUCAAAGAUCUGAGAAUAACAAGACUGUUCGAACAUUAGGGUUGAUACAUUAUGAUUGGCGAUGGUGGUGACGAUGAUAUGAAUACAUAGAUCAAAACACAAUGUUUUGGCAGAGCGACAGUUUUACACAGACCUGUAUAUUUAAAUUAAGAUAGCGUUUCAAUAUCAUAGAUACGG